AAAGUGAUCUUUUGAUCGGCCGCAAUUGCCAGAUCAUAAUAUUGACUUGAAAAACUCCCUUCGCCGGCUUUUGUCGACGAUCAGCUCCCUCCGCUUCUUCUACGUAUAAGUUUAUCACUGACUCGGACAUGACCAACUCGUUUAUCAUACGAGUUCCAGCAACCUCGGCCAACAUUGGUCCUGGUUUCGAUGUUGUCGGCUUGUCACUUUCACUCUAUCUCACUCUCACUGUCACCAUCGGGGAGACCUCUACCUUACCAGUGAUCACAUAUUCGGGUGAAGGAGCCGACGAAGUCCCGCUAGACCCCUACCGCAACCUCAUGACUCGUGUAGCACUCUACGUGCUACGUUGUAAUGGCCAUAGAACAUUCCCUCCCGACCUUAGUAUUCACUGCCACAACCAAAUACCUUUUGGACGCGGACUUGGCUCGUCCGGUGCAGCGGUCAUUGCAGGCGUUCUCCUCGGAGACAGUCUCGGAAAACUCAACCUUUCCCGAGAGCGAAUGUUAGACUACGCGCUCAUGGUCGAGCGCCACCCCGACAACGUGACAGCUGCGCUUGUUGGAGGAUUUGUGGGAUCAUACCUUAGAGAGCUAGACCCACAAGCUACUGAAGCAGCACAAGUACCCCUCUCUGAAGUCUUGCCGGAAUACCCGCCUGAUGCUGGAGAAGACUGGGGUCUUUCCCCACCUGUUCCACCGUUGGGUAUCGGCCACUACGUCCGAUUUAAAUGGAACAGCAGCAUCAAAGCUGUUGCCAUUAUACCCCGAUUUGAACUCAGUACUGCAAAAGCACGAGCUGUUCUACCAGAGAGUUACUCGAGGAAAGAUCUGGUUUUUAAUAUGCAACGAUUAGCCGUCCUCACCACAGCUCUCGGUCAGACGCCACCAGACCCAGAAUUAAUUUUUGAGGCUAUGAAAGAUCGCGUGCAUCAGCCGUAUCGAAAAACUCUUCGGUUCACUUCCUCAAUUACGCCUGCUUCACAUCCUGGGCUGCUAGGCAUUUGCCUCUCUGGUGCAGGGCCGACCAUCCUUGCGCUUGCAACUCACAAUUUUGAUAGUAUCGCUGGAAAAAUACAGGAAAUAUUCCAGCAGGAGCAGAUCGAAGUAGAUUGGAAGAUACUGGAGGUAGCGGGAGGGAGCACUGUAGACUCUUAAGCUGUGUUUCGGCUCAGCUUCAAUGGUAUGUGACUUACUCUUCUACCGAUUGGACACCAAUCCGCACUGCGACGCGAUGGCAGUCAGCGGAUCAGAAUGUUGUUUCCUCCAAUGAUUUUUGGCGGUAUCGAAUAGACAUAGAAGAAUGCUAAUCAGACCCUUAGGAAAACGAUCUUGUAUGUGUGAAUGGCCUUGCUGUGAAGGCGCGUGCUUUCAACACAGGGGAUUUGAUCGAUGAAGUGGAAUAUUCAAAUCGGGAACACCCCUACGUUCGCUUUCGUUGGCGUGGACAUAAAGGGGCAGAUGGCAAAAAUCUGCAGGGUGGAUUAUGCAUGAAUCGUCCAGUGCUCGCUCCUCAGUAUUUUGGCGUAGACUCAUAUUUUGAUUGUAUAGAAUGUUGCACAAACUAUUAGAACCUUGGUAUGCAUCGGCCGGA